AUGGCUUCCUCUUUCAAAUUGUUCUCUUCUCUGAGUUCUCUCACCACCAUCCUCAUCCUCAUCCUAUUGUCCUCCUUAUGUACUGCUUCUACUGCUCCAACUGGGACUAAUUCACCUCCCUUCAAGAGGAUCUAUGCCUUUGGAGACUCAUACACUGACACAGGCAACACAAGGUCAGCCACUGGCCCAAAUGCUUUCACCUAUGUAUCAAACCUCCCAUAUGGCAGCACCUUCUUUCAUCACCCCACCAACCGAUACUCCGAUGGAAGGCUAGUGAUCGACUUUGUUGCUCAGGCGCUGUCUUUGCCCUUCUUGCCACCUUACCGCAGCCAGAAGGCCAAUACAUCCACUGGUGUGAACUUUGCGGUUGCAGGGUCUACCGCUAUACCCCAUGAGUUCUUCGUGAAGAACAACCUAACUCUUGAUAUCACUCCUCAGUCAAUCCAAACUCAGCUCAUUUGGUUCAAUGAGUUCUUGGAGAAGCAAGGAUGCAGAGGGGCCACCAAAAACUCUGGUUGCACAUUUGAUGAUACAUUGUUCUGGGUUGGAGAGAUCGGAGCCAAUGACUAUGCAUACACUGUUGGAUCUUCUGUGCCAGGCAGCACCAUUCAGGAGCUUGGUAUCAAGAGUAUUACCAGCUUCCUACAGGCAUUGCUGAAGAAAGGUGUGAAGUACCUUGUGGUCCAAGGUCUGCCACCAACUGGAUGUCUCACACUGGCCUUGACACUGGCUCCUGAUGAUGACAGAGAUGCAAUAGGGUGUGUUGGGAGUGUGAACAAGCAGAGCUACAGCCACAACACCAUCCUCCAAGCCAAGCUUCAUGAUCUCAGGGUACAAUUUCCCCAUGCUGUCAUUGUUUAUGCUGAUUACUGGAAUGCCUACCACACCAUCAUGAAGAAUGGAGACAGGUAUGGUUUCAAGGAGCCAUUCAAAACUUGCUGUGGAUCUGGUGGUGACCCCUAUAAUUUUGAUGUGUUUGCCACCUGUGGCUCAUCUUCUGCAAGUGCUUGUCCAAAUCCUUCCCAGUACAUCAAUUGGGAUGGAGUUCACCUCACAGAGGCCAUGUAUAAGGUGGUUGCUAAUUCGUUUCUCCACGGUGGAUUCUGUCACCCUCCAUUUGAUUACUUGUUAAGCAGGAAACAGCAUUUGGGAUGAACCUUUCAGCACUGUUGGAUUAAGAAGCAACCUUGUCACUGUGAACUUUGUCGGAUAGUAGAACUAAUCCCAUCUUGCUUUGUUCUGCUGCUGGUUGUUAAGCUAAUAGUUUGAUAUUGAGGACCCAGAUAUGCAUAUACUAUGAUGUUGAGCUAGUACUUUUAUAUCAGGAAUUCACAUUACAUAUAAAUACAUGCUAUGAUAGAAGCAGUACUUUGAAGUU